GAAUCAUUUGGUAACGGUUUCUUCGACUGUAACUGCGCAUUCGCGACAUUUUCUGCGAUCAACACACCACAGUGCACAAAUUGCAAGACAAAACCACAAAAAUAUCAGACAAAAAGUCAAAAAUGUCAGCGCUUGGCGACGAGGAGCGCGUGGCCUUCUUGGGCGUUGGCUUGGCGGUGGCAUGCGGUGAGCCAAAAGCCACGCAACAACUUACGCAACCGAAAGUCGCAAUAGUAUCGGCACAACAGCAGCAGCAGGAUGAGCGUUGUGUGGACUUCGACGACGCACUGGAGCGGCUGCAAGGUGAGGCGUUGGCGCGCAUGUUCGGUGAAAACGGUCGCUGGCAGGCGUUUUGGUGCUGCUUGCUGUCCGCCUUCCAAGGUGCCUCCACAAUGCACAUUUUCUGCUUCGUCUUUCAAACCAUCGCCAAGGACUACUGGUGUGCACGCCCUGAUACCGCACCCGAUAUGGAUGUAUCGCUGUGGCGCAAUCUAAGCCAACCUACUGGCGCUUGCUCUAUACUAAAUUUAAAUUACUCGCUGCUACCUGAAACCGUUGGCACCGCUGGCACAGCUGAAACCGCGCAACUAAUAAAAUGCAGCAAUUUUGAAUUCUCCCGUGAAGAUGGUAGCGCACACUCGAUAAUUGAGGUGUUCGGCUUGGUUUGCGGUCGUGAGCACAUGGUGAGUGUGGUGGAAAUGUGCUUCUUGGCUGGCGCAGCGGUGGGCAGUGUGUCGAGCGGCUGGAUCUCCGAUCGUUUCGGUCGCAAGCAUACGCUGAUGGGUUUCGUUGUGGUACAAAUUGUUUCCGGCACUUUAAUUGCUUACUCCGCCAAUUUGGCUAUGUUCAUGUCGAUGCGUGUGUUUGCCGGUUUUGCCUCCAUGACAGUGACUGUGGUUAGCUUCGUUCUCGUCGUUGAGUUGGUUUCUGGUAAAUGGCGUACCAUAACGGGCAUUUUAAAUAUUUUGCCAGUUCCGAUUUCGUAUAUACUCAUGGCUGUCAUAGCAUAUUUUGUUCGAGACUGGCGGAAUCUGCAAUUGGCGAUUACCCUACCAUGGUUAUGCAUGUUGCCGAUGUGGUACUGCAUGCCAGAGUCGCCGCGCUGGCUACUUGCACAAGGGCGUCUCAAUGAUUUAUAUGCGCUAGUAGAACGUGCUGCCGAGCUCAAUCAGCGCACACUGCCGCCAAACUAUAAGAAGACACUUGAAGCUGCAGCACCGACACCAAUACUCAAGCCCAUCAAUGCAUCAACUAUGGUCAAAAGUCAGCUGACGAACAUACAAGCACAACAACAACACACACUGCCAGCAUUUAUGACGACGUCUGAAAGAGGGGGUCAUACCAUUGAAGCGGCAAUCGCCGACACUACCGAAGCUGUACCCGAUAUUCACGAGAAUCCAUUAAAGGUGGUCUUUAAUCGUUUUUAUUGGCGCACAACUUGUCUGAAUUUGAUUGUCUGGUUGACUUUGAUUAUCGUCUACUAUGGAUUGACCUUGCAUUUGAGCAAUUUGGGUGGUGAUAUCUAUUUGAAUACGAUCGUUGCCGGCGCAAUUGAAGCAGUCACUGUUUGUGUCAGCAUUUUUGUAGUCUUGAAAGUGGGUUUGCGAUGUAGCCUGAUAGCAUAUAUGCUAGUACCCGGAAUUUGUUGCUUAGCUACAAAUCUUGUGCCAACCCGAGAUUUAAACCAAACUGCCGUGGUCGCGAUGGCAAUAAUUGCAAAAUGUAUUAUUGGCGCCAACAAUGCCAUUAUUCCAUCGUACACCGCCAUGCAGUAUCCAACGGUUGUGCGUAAUUUUGGUGUGGGCAUGGGUAAUCUGGCAGCGGGAACUGCCUUAAUGUUAGUACCCUAUAUGUGGCUGUUGGAACACGUGGACCCACUGCUGCCAAUGAGCAUAAUGGGUGUGUGUGGAAUUAUUGGCGCUAUUGCGUUAUUCCUUAUGAAGGACAUUGAACACUAGAGAUAUGCUAAAGUAUGCAUUAGUAAAGGGCAACUAGAGAGAAUCGGACGCUUGGUCAAUUUCUUCUCAUAAAUUUCAAAGAAAAGCCAAGAACAACAUAAAAUAUACGUAAUAUUAGACGAUCAGACCGCAUUGGCCAACAUUUCGAAGCUGUCUGAACUGUGAUAAAAGUAACUAUUGGGCAGUUUGGAGAUGUGAAAAAUUUAUAAAAAAAAAUGUCCACAAUAGUUUUAGAGAGGAAGUGCAAAAAUAUGUAAUAAAGGGUAUACAAAAUGUAUACGCAUGUAGUUAAAAGUAAAUAACAGAAAAGUAAAUGAAAAUAAUGGUUUAGGAUGUAAGUAUUUUAUUAUUACCAACACAAACAAUGUUAAUGUUUCUUGCCUCACUUAAAACAUAUCUAAUUGGAAGCCGCAUUUAUAUUUUUACUACCAAAAAAAACUUUUUUUAUGGAAGAAACCUUGGCACCGCUGUCACUUGAGUACAUUUUUCAUCACUUAGUUAUUAAAAUUACUCUAACAAAAGUGUGAGGUAUUUUUUUAUGUAUGCAUUUUUACUAUAAAUUAACUUUUUUUUGUGGAAAUUUCAAAUUUCCAAAAAAGUAAUUAAGUUUUACUAAGCUUUUAACUGUCGUCUCAAUAUGCAAAGCUCUCUAUCUGUUACAAUCACCACCAAAACUCACGAUAAAAGCUUUGAAAAAAGCUCACAUGCUUCCGAGUAAAUAAAACACAAAGCCGAAGAAGAAAGCUUUGAGCUUCAUGCAAAUAUACAUAUUUACUAAAGCUUGGUUAUGUUCAAUUAAGUUAAGUUUAUACCUAUGAAUCGCACUUAUAUGGGUUUUAAAUGUAUAAACAA